AUGCGUUUGUACCGAUACGAUGUUCAGUACCAGUAUACCAAAGGAAACAGAUUACAGAUUGCAGCCACGCUAAGCAGAGACCCUUUGCCAGAGCAGAAAGAUUUUCCUGACACCUCUAUGAACACUGUAGGACUGGCCCUCCCAGAUAUAAUGUUAGAUAAAGUUAAAAAUGCAGUCAAAUUAGACAAUGAGAUGCAGAUAUUGAAACAGUACAUACUGAACGGUUGGCCAGACAAGCAUCAUAUUGUACCAGAACUUAAACAGUAUUGGUCACUUGCAGAUGUACUGACUUAUGAGGAUGGCCUUCUAAUGAAAGGGGAGAGAAUAAUUAUUCCAAGAGCAUUAAGAAAAGAAGUUGAGACCAAACUACAUGCAGCACAUUUAGGGUAUGAUGCCAUGAUAAGAAGAGCAAGGGACGCAGUUUUCUGGCUGGGAAUAGCGGCAAGAAUAAAAGAAAUAGCUAAUGCAUGCCAACCUUGUCAGCAAAGUAAACCUGCAAACCAGAAAGAAAGCUUAAUACAGCAUAAUGAGAGUUCAAAUCCCUGUGACAAAGUUGGAAUAGAUGUGUUCCAAAUAUUUAACCAACAAUACCUUGCCAUAGUUGACUACUAUUCAAAUUUUAUUGAAGUAGAACAUUUGCACACGACAACAAGUCAAGUUGUUAUAAGAAAACUAAAAAAUUUGUUUGCCAGAUAUGGGGUCCCCAAAGUUUGUAUCAGUGAUUUUGGACCUCAGUUUUCAUCUGCUGAAUUAACCGCAUUUAUGAAAGCAUGGGGUGUCCAUCAUUUAAAAUCUUCACCAGGACACCAUCAGUCAAACGGCAAGGCAGAGGCAGCAGUGAAAAUGUUAAAGAAUCUGAUGAAAAAAUCCAAAGAAAGUAAAUCAGAUGCCUAUGAAGCCCUAUUAGAGUUUAGAAAUACGCCCAGGCAACCAAUUUAA